UGUUACACCUGUAUAGGGUAUUUAGCAGUGUUUAGCCCUUUAAAUAUUUUUAGAUGUUAAAAAACCUCUUGUUUUCAAUUUUAGUUAAAUGGAAAAUGCGUUUAGUUAUGUAACAGAACCUCAACCGAGAAUGCAAGGUGGUGACAGUAGGUAUAACAGAUUGGCACAGGUACAAAUGUUUAAAGAGGCAAAUCCUGAUCUAGAGCUGGAGGCUAAAACUAAGAAAGUGACAGAGAAGUUAUCUGAAAGUAUGAAUAUUAUAGCCAAUGAACCUUCCUUGGCUUUCUUCAGAAUACAGGAGCAUGUGAGAAAAUGUCUUCCACAGUUAGCUGAGACAAAGCAUGAGGUACAAGAUUUACAGCUGAAAGUACAGGGGGCCUCAUUCGAUGCUGAAUACGCUGCAAAUGCUGUUCAUGAAAUGCAUAAAAGUUCAAGCCAUUUCACAAAUAUUCAAGACCUACUGAAGAAUUCCAUGUUUCUAAAACAGCAGAUAGACUAUGAACAAAACCGAAGAGAACAGAUUAAGAAUAAUCCUGGCAUGUAUUCUACCAUUUCCUCACCUAAUAUAAACUUACAUGCUGAAGGUGGAGGGUUUGAGCGGCCAGCUACGCCAGUUCACGGCAGGCACAAACAUUCUGAAAAACGCAGGGGAAGGGUCCGUCGUGUCAUGUCCGAACAUAUAGAAUAAAUUCUACUGUCAAAAUGAAAGCUCUAGAUCUCCACUUUCGGGAAAGGAAACUCAGCCACAUAAAGAAAUGGAUUCCGUGGUACAGUAGAAAAUUUCCUCAUUCCAAAAAAACUAUUAUGCCAACUCUUGUGUGUGUGAGACUGGAUAUUUAUAAAACAUAAUAACAGGAAAGUUUAAAGCAGCACGCCUCCAGAUUCAUGCUAAUUUUCAUGAAACUUUUGAAAAUGUGUUUGAGUGCGUAAUAUAAUGAAGUUACCCAAAGGAAGCAAUUUACACAUUAUCAAUAGCACUAACAAACCACGCAAAAUACAAAAAAGUGGUGAAAAUAUGCAUAAAAGCCUUUACUGCGUUAGUAAAGCAGUAGAAAUAUAGUUGUAAAUACAGAAAAAUCAGUCAUUAAUCACACAUAAUAAUUAUGUAAAAUAUUAAUUGAAUCUUGAAAGUUUUUAUUUUUCUUUACAUCUUAGUACAUUUUUCUCAAGUUUGAUUUUAUUGAAAUAUUUUGACUUAUCUGGAGGCAUGUAGCUUUAAAGUUCAUAGUUGAACCUUUGAUGAGAAGUGAGACUGUAAAGAGACAGCAAUGAAUUUGUAGAUAGCCGAAUGUGAAAUUGUUAAUUUUUUAUUUGUUAAUAUUGUAUUUUUAGUUUAAUUAUUUGUUAAAAAUAAUUUUUCAGUAAUUUGAAACAGUUAUAAUUAUAGAAUAAGAAGGUUUCAUUUAAAAAUUAUUAAAAUUAAUGUGAUUUUAAUUAAGCAUAAUUUUUAAUGUCUGUUUUUUUAUUGAAAUAUUAAUGUUCAUCUCAUGUCAGUGAAAUAUAAGUCAUAUCAGAGACUUAUAUAAUAGACCUGUUGUCAUACAAGUAUUUAAAUGAGUGAAAUAUAAAAUUUUGGAUUUUGGUUACUGUUGAAAAGCAUAGCAUUAGGGAGAACACCACGAUGGAAAAGAUUUUCAUGACAUCAUUAAAUUUAGCUUCAUUUGGCACUAUAUUUGCCAUCAUCUAGGCCUUUUUUCAAAGCUUUUUUUAAAUACUAUAGAAAACGAUGUUAGAUAAAUGAAUUAACAGUAUGAUUGUAUAAUAAGUGAAUAUGCAAUAUAUUUCACUCGGAAACGAAUGAUUUUAUAUGUUCACUUGCACUUUUUGAAAUUUUCAAUAUUUUUUUUUAAAGCAAUUUUGAAAAUAUUUGUAAUUCUCAUACUACAUGUUCAACUAUCCCUAUGAGAUGUAAAUUAUGUUAACUAAAUACAACCAAUGAUAAGCCAAGAAAAAGCCAUCUAUUUAUCUAAUAAAUUGAUUAAGUGUUUAAAGAUCCUGUUACUAAAUUUUUCAUAUGGUUUUAUAUCAUAUAUAUAAUGCUCAAAUUAAUACUUAUCAAUAUUGUAAAAUUCCAAAAAGCAUUAUUUGAAAAUAUUUUACCGAAUUUACAUUUCAUGUAAAAUAAAGGGAGGUAAAUAGAAAUUUAUUUUUAUUAAAGUCUCAGCCAUUUUUUUUUCAAAAAGAAAUGAAUGCAUAUCUUUAAAUGCUUACCUAUAAUGUGUAUAAACAUUUGCAGUAUAUAUUAACAUAUCCUUGGAUGUUUUUAAGUUGUUUUAGAAGAAUUACUUUAUUCAUAUAUGAAAUUUCACUUGUGUUGUACAUCCUUAAUAACAAUAUACAGGAUCUUUAAUAAAGUUGAACAUUUCUUUUGCUGCAUGCAUCAAUUUUCAUAUAUAUUUACAGGGUUCGUACAGUCUUAAAAAGUGCUUAAAAAUUUAAAAAAGUGCUUAAAAGUCCUUGAAUUUGAUUACUCUCUUGAAAAGUGCUUAAAAAAUGCUUAAAUUUGCUGAAAAUGUGCUUGAAAAUGAUUGAAUGACAUAAGUGUCGAUAAAAAUCAACAGUUAACAAAAUAAAAAAAAAAAUACAAUUAAGUAUCAGAAUCAAUUAAAUGUUUGCUCAAAGUAACAGUAAGUGGACAAAUUGCAGUUGUUUCGAACUAAUCUUUAUUUGUUGUGCCCUUUGUAGUUCUUCUAUAACAUCCUUAAAAUUGUGGCCAGAAAAUACGUAUUCAACAAAAAUUGGCGAAAAAACUAUCUUUAUUAGAUUGAAGAUUGUUGAUUUACGUGCAACAAAUGUGCUUGAAAAUGGGAAAACGUGCUUAAAAAGUGCUUAAAAAGUCAUUGAAUUUUGGCAUUGGAUGUCUGUACGAACCCUGAUUUAUCUUAAUUAUUAAGGUAAGGUUUUUAUGUUGAUUUUUUUUGUAUACAACUAGUGCAAUAGAUUGAUAUUUAUUUCCAAGGAAAUAUAUCACUCAAAUUCUUAUUUUAAUAUAAAAAUUAUGUAUGAUUCUAUUGUUAGUAUAUGUGUAAUGAUUUAUAUGAACAUGAAUAUGAAUGUUAUUUAAAGUAAAAAAAACAAUAUAAUUAAAUAUUGCCU